GCGCGGCUAAAUAUUUCGAACCAUUUCCCCCCGCCAUUCCUCUUCACAAUUUGGCUCCAUCACGGCAUCAUCACAAUUAAUUUUCAAAGAGGGUGCUCGUGUUGGGUUGUUGCAUUAUUUGUUUUGUAUAAGAAGAGGAAAGAGUGUGAAGCAGCAUGCCUAACUACUACGAUGUCGACGCCAUCUUGGCAGAAGAGGAACUGGUUCCCUGUUCGACGAACUUUGAUUUCUCUUAUCUGGCGCAUUUGGACCCUGAUCUUCACGGCACUGGGAAACACUACUUGCCCGAGGGAAGUCGGGUCAAGCUACCAUUGUGGGCACUUGACAAGUGGGCAUCUUUGGACUUUGUCAAUAUUGGGAUCCCUCGCCACUAUCAGCGAAAGGCGCGAGAACGGCUGGAAGCGGCACCCUCAGAAGUCAACUUGAGGAAGAGAAAUGAACGAUACUUCAUGGCAGGACGUUUCUUGGUUGACUUGAUUGAAACCAGUGUUCAAAAGGUGUCAAAGUCUGCAGCCAGCUCUCGAAGGGAUCGAUUGGAGCAAGUGGCAUUGGAAGCCAAGAAACUGCGAAAUACAUUGCUCAAGACGUACACAGGCGAACGCCUGCGCCAAACUUUGGAUUGGUCCUUGAGCAGUGUUGGGGAUGAUGUCACAUCGUAUACCAACCAAUUGACCGAAAUGGAGCGCCGUCUGUUCCAGAGCGGAGCUGUUGCAGCUACGGCCAAUUUGCGUUGGAGAGUACACGGAAAGAGUCGGUGGUUGAUCCGAUCCCAGACAGACAACAACAAUACACGUCCUCCUAAGAAUGCCAGACCUGUGACCCCCGAAACAGAGCAGCAAGAGAAUGACAACAAGCGCCAGAAGCGGUAGAUUGAAUCAUUCGAUUCCAUUGUUUUUGUCGCUAGCUACUUUGGGGCCGAAUGCAAUCGGCCCGGAAAGAAUGUGAAAGAGAGGAAUCAAUAGCUACGAGCCACAAAAGGGGAAACUUGAAAUAGCAAUAGCAACAUCAAGCCAAACUAUGUACUUUAAAAGUGAAUGCUAGCUAGCUAGACAGGUGGCCAAAUGCAUCGUCCUCUGUUGAACACGAAGCGAUGGAGAGCACAAUCAAUCGCACUACACUAGAUUCAUCACGUUGUGACUACAGUACUGUCUAACUAACUAACCCAGUCACUUGUCUAUUGUAGAAAAAGCGGUGCAAUGAUAUGCAUGUAAAAAAGCUCCCCUACUAGCUAGAAGCACAUCUUGUACCGGUAUCUAGAAAUCCCAUCGCAUUCUACUACUAGUCUAGCUAGAGAGCAAGUAGACUACAUGUA